ACCGUAGCGACAGUCUCGGUGAAAACCCUGCAGACGUAAGACUCUGGACGUCUGCAGAUAAAAACUGAAGUGAGAUGAGAAACAACAGAUGAAGGAAGACGACAAGUCAGAGAGUCAGUCUGGUGGUGAGACAGACAGUCAGUCAGACAGGUGGUAAGACAGACAGUCAGACAGGUGGUGAGACAGGUAGCUGCAGCCAUGAUGAGCAGAAAGACGUGGUUUGACUUUUGGAGCAGAGAAGAUCUGAAGACCAAUCAGAUGAGACUUGAUCCUUCACAACUGAAGCAGUUGCUAGGCGACAGUGCAGUGCGGGCGGAGCUGCACGAUGCCAGGAUGGUCUCUCUGCUGCCCCCUGUUGGGACAGAGAUCUUCAGACGCUUCACACCAGCCUCGUUGGAGGAGCGACUGAAGAGGAAGAAUGAAGAGGUAGAGGAGAAAGACCCACCCAAACCAGCCACUCACCUAGAGGCAGACAAGCCCCUCCCAUUUGUCUAUGGGGACCCACCCCGCAAGCUUCUCAACAGCCCACUGGAGGAGCUGGAUCCUUUCUACCAAUCACAGAAGACGUUCAUCGUGAUCAGUCAAGGAAACGUCCUCCAAAGGUUCAACGCCGAGUCAUCCUGUUUCCUGCUGAGUCCGUUCAGUCUCAUGAGGACCUUCGCCAUCAGGAUCCUCACUCAUUCUUUGCUUCCUUUGUUCGUCCUGUUGACGAUCUUGUCCAACUGUGUCGUCAUGACAAUGAAUGAUCCUCCAGCAUGGACCAACACUGCAGAAUUCCUGUUCUCAGCCGUCUUCGUGUUUGAAGUGGUGGUGAAGAUCGCGUCGAGAGGCGUCUGUAUCGGCACCUUCACGUUCCUCAGAGAUCCGUGGAACUGGCUGGACGUCGCUGUCGUCAUAACAACAUUUCUGACGGCGUCGGUGAAUCUGAGAAAAGCUUCUGUUGUGAGGAUGAUUCCCCGAGUGAUGAAGAUGAUAUCAGUCUACCCAGGUGUGAAGAUGACAGCCGGAGCUCUCGUCCAAUCAGUGAAGAGACUGGCUCAUGUCAUGGUGUUCUCACUGUUCGUCCUCAGUAUCUUGGCCCUGAUUGGUCUGCAGCUCUUCAUGGGAACCCUGAGACAAAAAUGUGUCAUCUGGCCGAUGAGCAACCAGACUUACCCCUUCCACCAGUACAUCAACAGUCCUGAGAAUCUAUACUUCCUCUCUGGUCGUUUGGACCCUUUGCUGUGUGGAAACAGCUCUGAUUCCGGGGCCUGUCCGGAAUGUUUCACGUGUUUGAAGACCGACACUAAUCCAAACUACGGGUUCACCAACUACGACUCGUUUGGUUUCUCUCUGCUCUCUGUCGUCAGACUGAUGGGCAAAGACUUCUGGGAAAACCUAUUUCAGCUGAUGAUGCGAGCUGCUAGUAAAACCUCUGUGAUCGCCUUCGUGCUCGUCGUCUUCUCCGGCUCUUUCUUGCUCGUCAGCCUCCUCCUGGUGGUGGUUGCCAUGGGGUUGGUUGAGCAGGUCGAGGCGACCGUUGCCGAGGACCGACGGAGAGAAGAAGAGUUUGUUCAAAUCCUCGAGGUGAUGAAGAGAAGGGAGGAGGUGAUGAAGAUGAAAGAGGAAGAGAAGGAGCCUGCAGUCUACAGUGUGGAGGACUCUGAGAAACACGAUCCACCACAGCUGAAGAAAUUAACAGAGCUUCAGGAGAACCACAGCUCGUGUCCUCCAUGUUGUUUGUCCGUAGUGACGUGGAACUGUUGUGGCUGUUGGACAAGGCUCAAACUGCGGCUCUGCACCUUCGUCACAAACCCGUUCUUUGACCUCAUCAUCGUCGUCUGCAUCGUGUUCAACUGCCUCUUCCUCGCCAUGGAGCAUUUUCCAAUGACCAUGGAGUUUGAGCAGCUGCUGAAUGUCACAUCCCUGUUUUUCACAGGGAUCUUCACAGCUGAGAUGCUCCUCAGGCUCAUGGCCAUGGACCCAUACCAUUACUUCCGGGUGGGCUGGAAUGUCUUUGACAGCAUCAUCGUCGCAGUCAGUCUGGUGGAGCUGGCAUUAGCAGAUGUUGUUGGCUUUCCUGCGCUGCGCUGCUUCAAGUUGAUGCGGGGGCUGAGACUGGCCCGGUGGUGGCCCACUCUCCACAUGUUGAUGAAGAUUAUCUGGACUUCGGUCAGCGCCCUGAGGAACCUGACUCUUGUUCUGCUCAUCAUGGUCUUCUUGUUCACUGUUGUCGGCACAAAGCUGUUCCAGGACGACUACAGAGACCACGUCUGCUCCAUCAUGAUGACCUGUGAGCUUCCUCGCUGGCACAUGCACAACUUCUUCAACACCUUUAUUCUCAUCUUCAGGCUCCUCUGUGGAGAGUGGAUCGAGACGCUGUGGGACUGCAUGGAGGUCUCGGGUCAGACCACGUGUCUGAUCUUCUUCAUCGUGGUCUUCGUCACCAUAAACCUGCUGGUCCUGCAUCUCUUCUUGGCCUUGUUUCUAAGCUCGAUCAGAGGUGAUUAUCUUGUGGCUCCAAUAGAAAAAGGAGGAAACAACCUGAAAAUCGCCAUAGACCAGAUCAAAGCAGGUGUGGCCUGGAUCCUGGAACAUUUCUGGACUUUGCUAGGGAAGAAGAACCCUGUCAACUCACACCACAAAGUGGUCAACGGGAAGGAAAACAGUAAGGAGUACCUGGGCUUGACCUUAGUGACCUCAGACCAGCCGCUGUCAGAGAGCAAGGUCCGUGGUAAUAACUAUGGCAACAAGACCAGCGAGUGCCACAACAGCGCCUCCUGCAGGGUUCCUGUUGCCGAAGCCGAGGUCGACCUCAAGAUGUCUGAAAGUGAAGAAGAGAAGCACAAAGAUGAAGACAGUGAGACUCAUCGAGGAAACACACCUGAAGACUGCUGCUGUUACAGUUCGUUCCUGGAUGUGGACGCGUCCCAGACCAAAGGGAGGGUCUUGUCUAACUUCAGAAGAGCCUGUUUCUCCAUCGUACAACACAAACUCUUUAAGGCGUUCAUCAUCUUCAUCAUCGUCCUGAGCAGCGCAGCUCUGGUGUUUGAAGACAUCCACCUGCAGCAGCAUCCGGUCAUAUCAAUGGUUCUGGACAAAGCAGACCAGGUGUUCACCCUCCUGUUCCUGCUGGAGAUGCUUCUCAAGUGGAUCGCCUGUGGAUUCAAGAAGUACUUCACUAGCGCCGGGUGCUGGCUUGACUUCCUCAUCUUGGCCGUAUCUCUGAUGUCACUGACCCAAGGCAUGCUGGGAUACUCUGAACUGGGAGCAGGCCUGUCUCUGAGGACGCUGAGAGCUCUGAGGCCCCUGAGGGCACUGUCUCGCUUUCAGGGCCUGAGGGUGGUGCUGAAGGCCCUGGCAGCAAGCGUCCCGUCCAUGUUCGACGUGCUGCUGGUGUCCGUGUUCGUCUGGUUUCUCUUCAGCGUCGUUGGAGUGAAUCUGUUCGCGGGAAAGUUCUCGUACUGUUUCAAUGAGACAUCAGAAGAAUUUUUCUUACCUGAGCAGGUGAACAACAAGAGCGAGUGUUUGUUUCUGAUGCAGGAAAACUUCACUGAUGUCCGCUGGAAGAAGAUGAAGGUACACUAUGACAACGUGGCAGCAGGUUACCUGUCACUGCUGCAAGUGGCGACAUUUCAUGGCUGGAUGGACAUAAUGUACUCAGCAGUGGACUCCAGUGAGGUGGAGUCUCAGCCGGUGUAUGAGUCCAACAUCUACAUUUACCUGUACUUCGUCUGUUUCAUCAUCAUCGGCUGCUUCUUCACCUUCAACCUCUUCAUCAGAGUCUUCAUCAACACGCUGCACCAGCUGAGACACAAGUUUGGAGGGAAACGUGUUUUCAUGACGGACGAGCAGCAGAACUUCUCCAGGUCCAUGAAGAAACUGUUCAACAAACCUCAGAAACGUGUCCCACGACCUCAGAACCAGUGCCAGGCUCGGCUCUUUGACCUGGUGACCACUCGUUCUUUUGAGGUGGUCAUUGGGGCGUUGAUCUGCCUGAACAUAGUGACCAAAAUGGUAGAGACGGACCAGCAGAGCCACGAGACAGAAGCCAUUCUGUACUGUAUCAACUUCAUCUUCAUCAUCAUCUUUUUCAUUGAGUUCCUCCUGAAGAUCGUCGCGCUCAGACGGCACUACUUCUCCCACUGCUUGAACAUUCUGGACUUCACGGCCAUUUUCAUAACCAUUGUAGGUUUCUUCUUCAAUGACCUCAUCGAAAAGUAUUUUGUCUCACCGAGUUUCGUCAUUCUUCUCCGAUUGGGUCGUUUUGGUCGGAUCAUCCUUCUCGUUCGCUGUUUCCAGGGGUUCCGGAAGUUACUUGUGGCCUUUAUGAUGUCACUUCCUGCCCUCUUCAACAUUUUGCUCCUCCACUUUCUCUUCAUGUUCACCUACUCCAUCUUUGGCAUGUUUAGCUUUGCCCAUGUGAAGAGGGAAGCCCAGAUUGACGACAUGAUGAACUUCGAGACGUUUGUGAACAGUAUAAUCUGCAUGUUGAUGGUCACCACGACAGCCGGAUGGGACGGUCUACUGAUUCCCUUCCUGAAUACGCCUCCUGACUGUGACCCGGAUGGGGAGAACCCAGGAUCGAGUGUCAAAGGGAACUGUGGCAACCCGACAGUGGGCAUCGUCUUCUUCACCUCCUACAUCACCCUGUCCCUCCUGCUGGUCGUCCUCCUGUACAUUGCUGUCUUCCUGGAGACCUUCAACGAGGACGAGCCCGAGCAGCCGAGUGACGACGACUUGCAGAUGUUUUAUAAAACCUGGAGGAAGUUUGAUGCUGACGCCUCACAGGUGAUACAGUACAGUCAGCUGUCAGACUUCUGCGACUCUCUGGAGGAUCCUCUGAGGAUUCCCAAACCAAACAGCAUCAAGCUGAUCCACAUGGAUCUGCCUCUGCUUCCUGGAGACAAGAUUCACUGUGUGGACAUCCUGCUGGCUCUCACUGCACAGGUGUUCGGUGAUUCAGGACAGAUGGACACUCUCAAAGCCAAAAUGGAGGAGAAGUUCAUGACCAACAACUUGUCCAAGUUGUCGUACGAACCAAUCAGCAGCACCGUGAAGAGGAAACAGGAGGAGGUUGCGGCGACAGUGAUUCAGAAAGCGUACAGGAAGCACCUCCUGCAGGACAGAGAUCCUGAGCAGCCGAUGGCCGAGCCUGCCGGUGUUGCUGCAGGUGUUUAAGGCUCCUCCCUCCUUCCUCCACUCCACAACCUUGACUUCCUGCCAGAUGAGAAGUUGAGGCAGUUUGUCGUCUGAUGAUGUAAUGCCUCACUUUUGUCCGGUUUUGUAGAUACUGACUCUGAUGCUCUUCUUCUGAUGUUUUAUCACAGUCUUCGUGUUCAGUUUUUCAUCAUCUGACAGACAUCAGUCUUUGAUAUUAAACAAUAAUCCAGAUAAAUAAUCCAAUAACACUUACUAACUAACUGAGGGUGGCUGUGGCUCAGGAGUCACCUGAUCCACAGUGUUUCUUUUAACUCAGAGCAACUUUGAUGUGACAAUAUUCACAAACUGACAUACCAGGUAUUCGGCUAACACAUUGCUAACAUGUGAACAGUCACAAUGCUAACGUGCUAAUGUUUUGCAGGUAUGAAUUUUACCAUGUUCACAAUCUUAGUUUCAUGUAGUGGCAUUCAAACAGGAGCUAAGAAGAGUUGAGGCUGAUGGGAAUAUCAUUCUCUUCAGAUGUUAUUACAGUUCAUCCAUAACACAUUUUCCCUAAGUUGUUGAGAUGCUUCAGUCUGGACAAAAGAGGUGACUGACUUUACCUGGAUAAAAACAUGCUAACGUGGCUAAAGUCAAACAGGUCAAAGAUCCAGCAUGAAAAAUAAACCUGGGACUCAUCAGAUCUCACUGAAUCUCGUUUGGUGCAACUCGGACAUAUAAACAUAUUAAGUUUGUUUCUUAUCAGACUGACUAAAAGAU